UAGAUCUCUCUUAAAAUCGUGAAACUGAGAAACGCAUCUUUAUGUUUUGAUAGAUUUUGCGUGAUAAACACGCGUAAAAUCAGAAAAUACCUGGUAGCCAUAUUGAUCGCAUUCGUUGCGCAUGACCGAGCGCCCGGUAACAGCGACUCUAUGGAUCAGUUCACUUUAGACGCUUACGAUAAGACAGUUGACAGUAGAGCUCAGGUGUAGUGAAGCAGUUUUAUAUGGGUUUACAGUGUCAUGUUAACAAUAGGCUCUUAAAAGUGAAAAUAAACGCAAGCGAUUUUAUAAUGUUGAUUCAAGUAUCUUAAAAUGGAUUAUGUAAGUUGACAUGCGGUUUUCGCUUUACCUUUUGAUUAAAUAAAAUGUAAAAGUCAGUGAGUAAAGUAACAGUUUUAAAGUUUAAAUAUGUAAGGAAGAUGUGAUUCAAUGUUUAAUUGAUGGAAUAUAGUAGUUUUGACGAUAUAUUUCACAAAACGGAUUAUGCUUAACCAAUGAGAAUGUCAACUUCAAGAAAAGUGAGGAUUUUUCUCACAACGUUAACGACGGUACUAAGUUUAAGUUCAACAGUUUUAACAUACGAAUUAACCGUCCCGACGGAGUAUACGGCAUUCUCUGGAGAUCUUGACGUUGUGUACAAAAUUCCCGACGGUGUUUCACUUUCAGAUGCCUUCAUCCGUGUGGCCUUAAUAACCGACGACGGCGAGGAGGAAAUCACAACUUUAGGAAUAAAUCCCAAAUAUCAAAGCGGAAGUAAAACUGUCACGUGUGGUGUAAUUGAAGUGGCGGGAAAAUAUGAAUUUCAAAUGUACAUGUAUUAUGGUGGUUCUCUUUUAAAGCGUGCAAAUCUUAUAGUACGGUGGCCAGACAUGGUCUUUCAGUUACCAAAGUCUCAUUAUGCUCAGAGUGAUUCCGUCCAACUAAGAAUUCACUCACCAGCAGUGUGCAAUCCAAUAUUAAAGAGAUAUAGUUUUGAAAUGCAGCUCGAAUAUGCAGACAAUUCCUCAGUGAUCUCAGUUACAGGAAAUCAUGAAAUUUUAUAUUCGAAACCAUUUGAUAACUUUUCUGCUAAAAAUUUAUCAAUUGAGUUUCCAUGUUCUUUGUUUGAUUUAUCAGGAAUUUAUCGUGCCUCACUCAUAUCAUCAUUCAGCGCAGUAUCUGUAGUGUCUAGAAGUAAUUCCAUGUUGACAACAAAUAAUCCGGCUUACGGUAUACAUAUUUCAGCAGAUACAAUAUUUCCGUGCAAUAAUGGUAAUUUAAUGAUUCAUUAUCAGCUGCCUCCAUGUCCAGGCACAAAAGAGAGUAAUAAAAUUCGGAUUUACAUGCUUCACCGAAAGUCGUCAGGAUCAUUAGCCGCUCCUCAAGAAAAACUAUAUGUAGAAGAGCAUCCAGUUGACCCUGACAUCACAUUCAUCACCCCAUCAUGUAAUAUUUUCAAGACAAUUGCCAUUGGGUAUUGUUUCCAAAUAGUAACCUUGGCUAGGCAUGGCGUUAUUAUCAAUCAAACAGAGCUUUGCAAAUCAGCACAUCCAGAUUCAGUAUUGCCAAUAGACGGAGGUUGGAGUGCAUGGAGUCAGUGGUCCGAGUGUUCAGCGACGUGUGGGUCCGGAGAGCGGAGCAGAUACCGGAUGUGUGACUCGCCCACACCAAAUUUUGGCGGGGCUUUCUGCCACGGUGACAGUAUACAGAGGAAACGCUGUGAACAAUUCUGCCCAGAUUCAAUACCGAUGACUCCUCUGCAUUCACCAAAUGUCGACAGCGCAUGCGCAUGCGGAUGUCACAUGACAAAGGACCAGGGUGAAAUUAUCGCCAGUGGGCGCUGCUCAGGUACCUCAAAAUGGCUCAUCUCACUUCAGAAAAAUUACGUCAUCAAUCUCAGGUUCAAUUAUCUCAGUUUCUAUCAGAAUAAACAAUGGGUCAAAGUUCGGAAUGGCGGUACACCGGAGUCGGACCUCAUCGCAUUUACAGAUGGUCGUCAUAACAUUUAUCACGUGACUUCCACAACGAAUCAGAUGCUGAUAGAAUUCUACACGGAGCCAGACAGCACUGGGGGUAGCAGUAACCUUGCAAUAUACCCACUUAAACCAGAAAAACCUAUUCACGUCCAUGGAUUCAUAGCAAAGUUUACAUCUAAUUUAACCGAUUCCAGUGCAGUACCGAUAGCGGCGGAACCCGUUAGAGACGCUGCAGAACCUUCUAUCUGGGAAAGCACAGUGACUAUUGUAGGCAUUGCUUUAUGUGGUCUAGUCGUUAUCACGGCCGUAGCUUUUGUCAUCUAUCACCGGGUGUGUCAUACCCGUCAACACAAAUAUGCCAUGGCGGCUCACGAGGAGAGCCCGAAGCGCAUGUGCAAGAGUACAAGCAUGAGCACACCCAGUCACGAAAGUCAUCAUGGGAUUGAGAUAGAACAUGACAUGGAAAUGCCUUUAACUAGAAUAAAAAAUGGUGCUGAUAAGAAACGAGUAAAGACACCUGGUUCAACGCGAUCUAAAGGCUCGUUUUCAAGCACGUGUUCAAAUAAAGGAAAGAAAUUAAAGACUAAGGCUGAUGUAGAGCAUGGAACUAGUCGUGCAACUCCGCUCACUCCAAAUAGAGAUUAUUCUCAGAUUCCACAACAUGAUUCUAGUCCGCUUAAGAAACAUAGAGUGCAUGAAUUGACUAAAGAAAAUGAAAACAAUAUGAGUUUAUUUAGAACUAGUCCUUUAACUAAACCAAAGGUCCCGAGAUCACCAAAAGUUCACCCAUCCCCUAAAUUACAGAAACAAAAACCGCUUACUUCGCCAUCCAACGAUGACUUUGAUACUGUAAGAACUAAGCAUGAUUUUCUUUCCGAACGUUUUGGGUCUUCCAAUCGUGAAAAACAAAGAGUUGUGAUGGGGUCAGAUCAUACCCCGACGAACAGUGUGAAAUCCCCGCCGUCCGAUAGCAGUAGGACCGAUGUUGAAACGCCGACGAAUAUUGACAAUGGCGUUAAAUAUCGUAAUCAUACACGAUUUAAAAAUAGUUUACAAACUGAUCAAAAUAACCACCGGGAACGUCCAAAUGAUAUAACACUAAGUGAUCUUACAAAAACUGACAAAGAUACAGAUAGAAAGCCGGCGUCGGGAACAUCCGACGACUCAACGUCAGCAGAAAAAGACACAGGAACUAGUAUGACAACGUCUUUUAUAGAAAAUGGUUCAAAACCACGUCGGCCUACCUCGUUAACGGAAAGUUAUAGUAAAAUGAGUAUUGCCUCGGCAAUAAGCCGAGGUAGUAUAGAGGGUGCUAGAAAUAGUAACAGUAUAGCAAGCUCAAAAGACAAACUUUCUGUUACAUCGAGUGAUGAUAGGCAAAACGCGCUGCCCAAGCCGGAUGGGCAAAGUCCGAAAUCUCAAAGACUUGAAACGAUGAAAGUUGAGUCGAAAAACUCCUCGCCAACAAAAACAUCUAAAGCUUCCACACCGCGUAGUGUUCGUAGUUCGAAAAGUGAUUUAACAGAUAAAAGUAAUAAUACGAAGUCACCGGCUAGAAGUAUUAAUACACCGUCGGACGUCAUAGAACUCGAGUAUGAUGAUUUUAUAGACAUGGAUGAUACAUAUUCAUAUUUUGAUCCAAUUGUUACGGAGCAAUUAACGUUUCAUGGUGUUGAAAGGGUAGCCGUUAAAACCCCUAAAACACCAAAUAAAGAAACGACAAUGACUGGAUGGAAAGCCGAAAUGAUAGAAAAGAAUAUUGUUAUCAUUACGACGAGAAGAGAAAACUUAACCGAUUCAAGUGCAGUACCGAUAGCGGCGGAACCUGUUAGAGACGCUGCAGAACCUUCUAUCUGGGAAAGCACUGUGACUAUUGUAGGCAUUGCUUUAUGUGGUCUAGUCGCUAUCACGGCCGUGGCAUUUGUCAUCUAUCACCGGGUGUGCCAUACCCGUCAACACAAAUAUGCAAUGGCGUCUCACGAGGAGAGCCCGAAGCGCAUGUGCAAGAGUACAAGCAUGAGCACACCGAGCCACGAGAGUCAUCAUGGGAUUGAAAUAGAACAUGACAUGGAAAUGCCUUUAACUAGAAUUAAAAAUGGUGCUGACAAGAAACGAGUAAAGACACCUGGUUCAACACGAUCAAAAGGCUCGUUUUCUAGCACGUGUUCAAAUAAAGGAAAGAAAUUAAAAACUAAAGCUGAUGUAGAGCAUGGAACUAGUCGUGCAACUGCGCUCACUCCAAAUAGAGAUUAUUCUCAGAUUCCACAACAUGAUUCUAGUCCGCUUAAAAAACAUAGAGUUCAUGAAUUGACUAAAGAAAAUGAAAACAAUAUGAGUUUAUUUAGAACUAGUCCUUUAACUAAACCAAAGGUCCCGAGGUCACCAAAAGUUCACCCAUCCCCUAAAUUACAGAAACAAAAGCCACUUACUUCACCAUCCAACGAUGAUUUUGAUACAGUAAGAACAAAGCAUGAUUUUCUUUCCGAACGUUUUGGAAAUUCAAAUCGUGAAAAACAAAGAGUUGUGAUGGGGUCUGAUCAUACCCCGACGAACAGUGUGAAAUCUCCGCCGUCGGAUAGUAGUAGGACCGAUUGUGAGACGCCGACGAAUAUUGACAAUGGCGUUAAAUAUCGUAAUCAUACACGAUUUAAAAAUAGUUUACAAACUGAUCAAAAUAACCACCGGGAACGUCCAAAUGAUAUAACACUAAGUGAUCUUACAAAAACUGAAAAAGAUACUGAUAGAAAGCCGGCGUCGGGAACAUCCGACGACUCAACAUCAGCAGAAAAAGACACAGGGACUAGUAUGACAACGUCUUUUAUAGAAAAUGGUUCAAAACCACGUCGGCCUACCUCGUUAACGGAAAGUUAUAGUAAAAUGAGUAUUGCUUCGGCAAUCAGCCGAGGUAGUAUAGAGGGUGCUAGAAAUAGUAACAGUAUAGCAAGCUCAAAAGACAAACUUUCUGUUACAUCGAGUGAUGAUAGACAAAACGCGCUGCCCAAGCCGGAUGGCCAAAGUCCGAAAUCUCAAAGACUUGAAACGAUGAAAGUUGAGUCGAAAAACUCCUCGCCAACAAAGACAUCUAAAGCUUCCACACCGCGUAGUGUUCGUAGUUCGAAAAGUGAUUUAACAGAUAAAAGUAAUAAUACGAAGUCACCGGCUAGAAGUAUUAAUACACCAUCUGACGUCAUAGAACUUGAGUAUGAUGACUUUAUAGACAUGGAUGAUACAUAUUCAUAUUUUGAUCCAAUUGUUACAGAGCAAUUAACGUUUCAUGGUGUUGAAAGGGUAGCCGUUAAAACCCCUAAAACACCAAAUAAAGAAACGACAGCAAAAUGAUUGAGGUAGAAGUUUGUUAGAAAAUAUCUUUUUAGUGCAAUAUGAUGUCAUGUACUAACACAACUAAAUUCUUUUGAAACUAUGGAAUAAAUUCAGGCUAUUUACCGUAUACCGUAUACCAUAUAUAAAAUGUAGUAUAUACGGAAUGU